AUGGCACAGACAACAGAACUUGUCAAGGUGGUCGUCGUCGGCGGCUCCUUUGCCGGUGUCGCUGUCAUCCAGACUCUCCUCUCCUCCAUCAAAUCCGGGCACAAGAACAUUCAAAUCAUCCUCAUCGAAAAACGUGACGCCCGCCACCACCCGAUUGGAGCAUUCCGCGCCUUAGUCGACGCAGAGUACGCAAAGCGGGUCUGGAUCCCUUACACAAACCUCUUCCCCAAGGACUCACACCACAAGAUCAUCCAGGACACCGUCACCCAAGUCUAUCACGACCAUGUCGUCCUUGCUUCUGGCCAAUCCGUUCCCUUUAACUACAUCGCCCUCUGUACCGGAUCCUCUAACCCUGCCCCUGCAAAGUUUACCGCCGAUUCCUCGAAGGAGUCGAUCGCCAUUACUGACAAGGCCAGAGAGGAUCUGAAGAAGGCUAAGAGCGCGGUUGUCGUCGGAGGGGGUGCUUGUGGAGUCGAGCUGGCUGGAGAGAUCAAGAGUGCUUUCCCUGACAAGAAGGUUACGCUGAUCCAUUCGUCACAGACCCUGGUCGAUUAUCCUGGUUACUCACCUGUGUUGAAAUCUGGCGCAUUGACCCAUCUCCGUGACCUGGGCGUCGACGUCGUCUUGGGCUUCCGAGCCGAGAUUGAAGGCCUCACCUUCCAGAACUCGAUCCAAUCCGCUCCACGAACAAUCGUCACCCCUUCCGGCACGACCAUCGAAUCCGACAUCCAAUUCCUCUCCGUCGGAAUCAGCGUCGACACCUCCUACAUCUCCACCUUGAAACCCGCAACCAACCCUACCUUUGACUCCUCAACUCUCAUCCACGCUGACAACCACCAGAUCAAAGUCCAGAAGACCUUGCAAGUCAUCGGAUUCGACAACAUCUUCGCGGCAGGCGACUGCGCUGACUACUCCAAAGUCCCGACUGCCGCUGCCAGUGGCGUCAUUGCCCCCACUAUCGCCAAGAACAUCAUUGCGUUGGUGGAGGCCAAAAAGAAGAACAAGACGGCCAAGUUGUCGAACCCGGGUUGGUACCCUUCGGUGAUGCUGUUGGCAACGGGCCCCGAGACAGGGGUUAUUGCAAUGCCGUUGAUUGGAACGAGAUUCUCGAAUUCGAUUUCAAAGGCGUUGAAGUCGAAGGAUUUGAUGGUUGGGAUGACCAACGCCAGCAUGAACUGGAAGUAG